AUGGCACUUAAUUAUAACUAUCAGUCGAACUUUUGGGAUGCCCAGGAGGAAGGUGUUCGGAUCCUGUUGCGACAUGUUGCACAGGGAUUAGAGGUGUGCAAGAAUUUGUCCGUAUUCUUCGAAGAGAGAAGUAAGUUGGAGAAGGAUUACUCGAGGAAGAUGGGGGCAAUUGUGCAUCAUUUAGAGAAACAACUGAAGAAUACUCCUGAUUAUGGGAACAUGCAACGCAGUUUAGAGUUGUGUAAGGUUGAGCAAACAAAGGUUGCGCAGAGUCACUCGAAGCAAGCGGAGCAGAUCUAUCGAGAGCAGUAUAACGCAUUGAAGGAGUUUGUCAGUAAUGGACAGGCACGUUAUAAGACGUUAGAGGGGAAGAUCAGGCAGUUGCGGAUGGAUAAAGUGCAGAAAAGACAAAUGCAUGAUGAGCUGUUAGAGAAAUUGGAAAAGGCCAAGGUAGAACUUCGAGAGUAUCAGCUGAACCAGCAAAAUUUAAUAGGCGGCCGCGAAUCAAUGAACAACCAAAAACAAUUGAGCAAAUGGCGUUCCAUUGUGGAUGAGUUGAGUAAGAAAAUCGAUGUACUUUCACAGGAAGCCAAGGCUGCCAAUAAACGUUGGUUACAGGAGUGGGGAUCAUUGAGUAUGGAGCUCCAGCUGCUGGAAGAAUCGAGGAUGCAAAUGAUGAAAACGAAGAUUCAGGAAUUUGCAGUAGUUGGUAUUGAUGCUGCAGUACAUGAGCAAAUUUCUUUAGAGAAACUAACUACAAUGCUCGCGGGUUUCACUAUUCAGCAGGAUAUCUACUCGUUUGCAUAUAACCAUGGAACUGGGAGGGUGAAGGCAAAGGACGGAGGUACUGGAUUGAACAACAAAACUAUUGAAGCUUCUUCCGUUGACAAGCAUACUGAAAACAUGAGGAUCUUGUCCUCAAAGUUACCGCGUAACAGACCAGUUUCUCAGCCACCAAUGCGUACCCCUCCAGACUCUCCGACAUUGAAAGAUGCUGCAAAUGAUAACUAUUCGAUAAUUGUCUUGGAUGAACACGUGCAGCAAUCUCAGGACCGAGAAUCCAACUACCUAAUGCAAUCGCCAACUGGGUUUCCAACGUCAAUGGAGCCGCGGAUGUCGCCAACUCGUGCACCUUACUUGCAAGGAUCCAGUCCCGCCAAGGUUAUCGAACAGAAUGGAGUAUCUUAUCCUGAUGAUGGUAAACCAGUAAAUGUUGACUCAAACGAGUGUCCCCCUCACUCAAGCGCUACCGUUAAGAGGUAUUCUCCAGAACAACGACAGCCUGUUGAAGUUCGUAGAAUUCAAAAGGACCAACAAUUAAUUAAUGAAGAAUUCCGGGAUACGAGGGCAGGUUCCUCAGAGUCUGAGUCAUAUACAUCCAAUCCAACCGAUUACACACAAAAAAAGGUCCGCACAAGUAUUGAUUCAAUGAGUACUUCCAUUUCGUCUUAUGCCAGUAGCAUAGAUGAUUCCCAACGACUAGCAAAGUCUUGGAAUUCUCGUAAUAGAAGAAAAUCCCGUGACUUUUGUAGGUCGGCAGAAGAUCUCUCGCGUCCAAGCUCUGAUCCGGUUCCAAUAGCAUCAUCUCAGUCGGGCAGUGAUGGUUCUUCUCUUAGAAGAACUAGAUCGCACCGCCGUAAAUCUUUGGCGGCAGAUAUUGAUGGGGCUCUGAGAGCACUGGAAGAAGAAGAAAUGAAGAGAAAUCAGCCAAAGUCCAAAAACCUCCCUUCGAGUGACUCUGAUUCUGAUGGCUCAAAUUCAGUAGAUCGUCAGCCACGCUUUAUUCCAUUCGAAAAAACGAAAACUACCACCUUUGAAUGGCCCAAGGCUACUAGCAGGGGUCAAAGAGUAAUUGGAUAUGCCAAAGCACUUUACAGCUUUACUGAACCUAAUGAAAAUGACAUCUUAAACUUUCAGAUGGGCGAUCAUCUUUUAUUAACAGAAAAGUUGAAUACCGACUGGUAUAUCGGAGAGGUACAUAACAGUAACGGUCGUCAAGGAUUAAUACCUAUGAACUAUGUUAAGUUUUUGUCAUGA